GCUACGACGGAACACAAGCCUGACCCAGCCAAACACCCACUCCCCGUGUUGGGUGUGAGGCACCUUCAAGCACUGCUUCUAUGCGUCACCCAUGUCCUGGUCUUGAGCUUGCGCACAGACAUGUCGAUGGCGGUGGUUGUCAUGGCCAACAACACCGCUGGGAACCCUAACAUCAAGGACUACGGCUGGAGCCAAUCUGAGACGAGCACCAUCCUGAGCGCCUUCUUCUGGGGCUAUGUGGUGACGCUGGCGCCAGCCGGGUGGGCGGCGGACAGGUUCAAUUCGAAGAACUUGUUGUCGGCCUCGCUCAUCCUCUCCGGUAUGUUCACCUUGCUCACAGAGGUGGCUGCAGACACUGGCGGUGUGGUGCUCGUCUGUGCAUUCAGAGUAGCUACGGGUCUCUCUCAGGGUUUGGUAUUCCCAUGCACACAUUCCUUGCUGGCAAAAUGGAUCCCACCCAAAGAAAAUGCUGUUUUGGGAACUGCUGUUUACUCAGGCGAUCAGCUGGGCACAGUAAUAGCAAUGAUGACAUCAGGAGCAAUAGCUCAGAGCGCCGUUGGGUGGCCAUUUAUCUUCUACUUCUUUGGUGGACUUUCCAUCAUUUGUGGAGCGAUCUUAUUCUGGUUUGGAGAGAAUACCCCAUCUCAACACAAGCAUAUUUCUAGAGCAGAACUUACUUUUAUUGAAGAAUCUUGCAAGGAUGUCUCACGUGAACAAGAGAAAUUUCCAACGCCGUGGGUAUCGAUUUUCACAUCACUGCCCGUAUUUUCUCUCGCAGUAGUCACUAUGACUCAGAACUGGGGAUACUUCACGCUCCUGACAGAGACACCAACGUAUUUAAGUAAUGUUCUUGGAUUUGACAUUGAAUCUAACGGGUUACUUUCUGCACUGCCGUACGUCGCUAAUAUUGUCCUGAGUCUUGCGUCCAGCUGGAUUGUCAAGAGCGUAGAGAAGAAGCAAAUACUCAGCACGGGGGCCUUAAGAAAGGUGAUCAACUCCAUUGCUUCCUGGCUCCCAGCCGCGGCUUUAGUAGCCCUCAGCUUCAUCCCCUUGGAGGACCCAACGGCAGCUGUGAUCUUGCUGACUGUCGCCAUCGGUUUCAAUGGUCUCACCAUCAUGGGUAUGAUGAUGAACCUUAUCGACAUCGCACCGAACUUCUCUGGCCUGUUGAUGGGUGUUACUGAUUGUAUCGGGACACUGACGUCCAUCGCUGCACCACUUUAUGUGGGGGCUGUAGUCAAGGAGAACACCAUUCAAGAGUGGAGAAUUGUGUUCCUCACGGCAGCAGGAAUGUUGUUUGUGGGCAAUCUGAUUUUCGUUAUUUUCGCUAAAGGCGAAGUUCAACCUUGGAACGACCCUAACUAUUCGAGAGGAAAGAAAACAGAAACUACAGAAAAGGUUGCUGUGUGAGCCAGUUCAAAUGAUGCCAGUAGUCGCACGAAGUAUAGUGAGAGAUACAGAUCACUUCGUCACAUAUGUCUAAAACACAAGAUUCUUCGCAAUAAAACUUUGUACAUAAAGAAGAAACGGGAAAGCAAAACUCUGCUAAACAUCCACCAUUUCCGCAGCUUGAGUGACUUGCCAACAUUGGCUAGAGGAAAGAUAUUUUAUUUUAUUCGAUACGAAAUAUAUACAUGCUAACUAAAAAUGUAGUAUCCACAUCAUAACAUACAUGAACUAAUACUCCUACAACAGAAGGUUCACAGUUAUGAUGCAAGAGAAGUGGCUGUGAAACUAUAACUUAAUCUAACUUAACAUGAAGUAUUAUCAGACAUUCAUGUGAAUUAUCUAAAGAAUUUUGAUGGAU